AUGAACACUCAUGGCUCCGUCUACUGCGACAAUGAUGAUGAAAAUAAUAUUAUCCAUCAGCUCGAGAAGCAGUGCCAAGAGGAGAAAGUAUCUAAGAAAGCAGUAGAGGAGCCGAAAGUCGCCAAAGUUAGAAAACCUCUGGCGAGUCUUCCGAUCACGACAUUGGAUUUCAACUCGGACGACGAUGAAGUUUUCUCGACGUUCUCCCAUGUACCGUCCAACCCCGCUACAAUUCGAUCUGAAUUUUCGAACUUUGGCAUGAACGAUGAUGACGACGCUAAGUCGUCACUGUACGGCAGUGCGCUGGAUUACGAACUGGACAGUCGUGAUGAGUAUGUGACAGCCAUUUCUGAGAAAGAACUCCGAGAAGAUAUCAUCUAUGCCAAUCCGGAAUUUUCAGAUGACAUAUACAGGUACAUGAAGCACAGGGAAGUAAAGGUGCGUCCCAAGGCAAACUAUAUGUCGAGGCAAGACGAUAUAAAUCCUGAAAUGCGUUCCAUACUUGUGGAUUGGUUGUCAGACGUCGUUCAAGAGUAUAAGAUGCAUCAGGAAACAUUGCACCUGGCGGUUUCGCUAGUCGAUCGCACCCUCUCCAAAUUCCGAACAAAUCGUGAUCGAUUGCAGCUUAUUGGCACAACAGCUAUGAUGAUAGCAUCAAAAUAUGAGGAAAUUUAUCCGCCUGAGUUGAAGGAGUUUACCUACAUCACCGAUGAUACUUAUACUGCUGUGCAGAUCCUGCAAAUGGAACGCGUCAUUCUGAAUGAACUGCAGUUCGAUGUAGGCACUCCCACAUCACAGUGGUUUGGUGGUAGAUUUGCCCGUCACCAGAAAGCGUCUCGCAAGACCAUUAAUACCAUGAAUAUGCUGCUCGAUCUUGUCCUCCUCGAUAUCAGCUACAUUGCCUAUCGACCGUCAUACAUCGCAGCUGCAUGUCUGUGCUACGCCAACGUUCUUACAGGUACGAUAUGCUCCGUUGCUCUUGUAGAGAGGACCGAUCCCUUGGUCUACAGAAAUGGAGCGGUGGUCUGGUAUUUCUAUCGCACACAUCUCAAAUCUUCUCCGAGCCAUACAUGA